AUGGUAGAACCACCCGCCUCAGAGGGAGAGAUCUCGCCCAACACGGUUCCUUUGACCGCCUUUGUCUCGUUCCCCUCGCCAUAUACCCAGAGCCUCAUCGUGAAGGCCCUCAUAUCUUGCCUGUCCUCCAUCUCCAUCUCGCUCCUCCCGCCAGACGACGAGGAUCCACCCCGGCUCCAGUGGGCCGACUAUGACCUCAUCUCAUUCGACAAGCCCCAUGCCUCGCCCUCAACCCACCUCAUCUCUUCCUACAUCUACCGUAAAGCCCUUAUCCGGAAACAUCAACUUCACCUCACUAUUACCGAGUAUCUCGCGAAAUGCGAUCAUCGCGGCGUAAAGAGUGUACUGAAGGAUGGAGGGGUGCCAAAGGGAUGGGUGGUAGACUUGCAGUUUGCGGAUGAGCUGGACGAGCUUUUGAUGGAUGAUUUGUAUGAGUUGGCCGAGGGGAUGCAGUCGAAUGAGGAGAAGAGUGACGCGGAGAAGAGCUGGUACAUCCUGAAGCCGGGCUUUGCCGAUCGUGCCCAGGGUAUACGGAUGUUCUCCUCGGAAUAUGAGCUGAGAGCUAUCUUUGAGUCUUUCGAGCCGCCAUCAUCAGACGAGGAAGAUGAGGAUGACGAUGAUGAGGAGGCGGGUGCGGAAAAAGGUGAUGAGGAAGAUGUCGAGGCGUUUGAGCGGAGGCUGGUUGAGAAGACCGCCAAGAUGGGUGUUGAAGAUGAAGAAGAAGGCGGGACGGGCGUGAUGACUUCACAAUUGCGACAUUUCGUGAUACAGCAGGAAUACAUGCCUCGACCAAUGCUCUUUGACAUACAUCAAAGCGAAGCUACAUCUGAAACACCCUCAAAGGGGCGUAAGUUCCACCUCAGAGCCUACGUCCUCCUGACCGGCGACUACACCCUGCAUCUCUCCCGCACCCUCCUAGCUCUCUUCUCUUCGGACGCCUACACCCACCCCACCUCUUCCACGGCAUACGAUGACGACGCUCUUCGGCCCCAUCUGACCAAUACCUGUCUGCAGACGGAUGAGCUGGGCCAGACUAUCCCGGAUGAAGAGCUGGUCAAGCUCUUCUGGGAGCUGGAGGGGUUGGACGCGCUCGCUCUGGGUGCAGACGGGGAGUACGGCAGUGAAGGAAAAGUCGGGAAGGAGUGGUUGAAAAGUACGUUUGAGAAGGUGGGGGAGGUGGUGGCGGAAAGUGUGAGGGCCGGGGUGGAGUGUGGGAGCUUUGGGUUGCAAUUGAUGCCGAAUGCGUUCGAGAUCUUCGGCGUCGACCUCCUCCUCUCUUUCCCACCAACAUUAUCUUCAGAUCCUGCCGACAAUCAGCUCCCAAUACCGACCGUCACUUUGCUCGAGUUCAACGCUUCGCCCGACUUUGUCCAAUCUGGAGACCGCCUGAAACCGUUGUUGGCGGAUAUGUUCAAGGGGGUCGUACACCUUGCCAUCGCGCCAUUCUUCGGUAUACACACAAGGACUCCUGCCGAUGAUGAAGAAAGGGAGACCCGAAAUGCCGGGGACGUGAUGGGCUGGAGAAAGAUUGGGGAGGGCCAAGUGCGUGGGCCAUCAGGAUGA